AUGAUAAUAUUUUGUGAUAGGAAAUUAGAGGGGAGAUAUUCCUCAAACGAAAAUGGAAAUAGUACAAUACAGGUUUUUAUAAACCAUAGCAAUAUAAAUGUUUCUUUAUCAUAUUCGACAUUUUUCAAUUUUUUAAAAAGAGAGGAUGCAAUAAGAUUGGAAUUAAAAAGCCACCCAAAGCUUUUGGUAACAGAAACAUUUGAUAGUCAAGAACUAUGUUAUUUAUCUUUAGUUACUGUCAACAUUAUGAAUAUAGAGCAACAAAUUUUAGUUAGAGUAUAUUGUAGGAGUUCAGAGAAUAAUUCAAAUUGUGUUGGGUUAGAUUUCAAAAAAGUAUUUGGUUUAGAAAUUCACAAACAAAAAUUCACAAUUAAAGAAACACCAUUUUUAUAUAAAAAAGAUUAUUUAUUAUUUGAACUACUAUUAAAAAAUAAUAAUUUAACAAGGAGUGACCUUAUUCCGAUAAAAGAUUUGGAUGAACUGUAA